AUGGGUGAUAACCAGAUUAAUCCCCGCCAAGGCUUUGAACUCUCAGUCCCUAUGCCUCCAGAAGCAGGCUCCAAGUGCUAUGACAACGACGGCCGUCUCAAAAGAACUGGAACUGUUUGGACUGCAAGUGCUCGUAUUAUUACUGCUGUAAUUGGGUCCGGAGUUUUGUCCUUGGCUUGGGCAACAGCUCAGCUUGGAUGGGUGGCUGGUCCUGCUGUGAUGCUCAUGUUCUCCUUUGUCACUUACUACACUUCAACUCUUCUCUCUGCCUGCUAUCGUUCCGGCGAUCCUGUCACCGGAAAGAGAAACUAUACUUACACCGAUGCCGUCCGAUCCAACCUUGGUGGGUUCAAGGUGAAAGUUUGUGGGCUUGUUCAGUACUUGAAUCUCUUAUUUGGAGUUGCCAUUAGCUACACUAUAGCGUCAUCCAAAAGCAUGGUAGCAAUUAAGAGGUCUAAUUGCUUCUACAAGAAUGGUGACAAAGCACCUUGCCAUGUAAACAGCAAUCCAUACACGAUCGCUUUUGGCGUAGCAGAAAUCAUAUUCUCUCAAAUUCCAGACUUUGAUCAGUUGUGGUGGCUCUCCAUUGUUGCUGCAGUCAUGUCCUUCACUUAUUCCUCAAUCGGACUUGGGCUCGGAAUCGCCACAAUCGUAGAAACUGGAACUAUCAGAGGAAGUAUGACUGGAAUAGACACUGAAACAGUGACUGAAACGGAAAAAAUAUGGAGGAGAUUCCAAGCAGUUGGUGACAUAGCCUCUGCCUACUCAUACUCUCUUGUCCUCAUUGAAAUUCAGGACACAUUAAAAUCCCCUCCAUCUGAAGCCAAGAUAAUGAAGAAGGCAACUCUAGUCAGUGUGUCUACCACAACCCUAUUCUACAUGUUGUGUGGUUGCAUGGGCUACGCUGCUUUCGGAGACUCAUCCCCCAGAAACCUCCUCACUGGUUUUGGCUUCUUCAACCCCUACUGGCUCAUCGACAUAGCCAACGCCGCCAUUGUCAUCCACCUUAUUGGCGCUUACCAAGUCUCUGUGCAGCCCCUCUAUGCAUUUGUUGAGAAAACAGCAAAAGAAAAGUACCCACAUAGCCAGUUCAUCACCAAAGACAUCAAAUUCCGAAUCCCUGUUUUCGGUUCUUACAAUCUCAACCUCUUCAGAUUGGUUUGGAGGACAUCUUUUGUGAUUGUCACCACUGUGAUCUCCAUGAUCCUGCCAUUUUUCAAUGAUGUCGUUGGACUUCUAGGGGCUUUGGGAUUUUGGCCGCUCACAGUUUACUUCCCUGUGGAGAUGUACAUUGCUCAAAAGAGGAUACCAAAGUGGAGCACAAGAUGGCUUUGCCUCCAAAUCUUGAAUGCUGCUUGCUUUAUAAUCACCAUAGCAGUUGUUGCUGGAUCAAUUGCUGCCGUGAUUAGUGAUCUUAAGAUCUACAAGCCAUUCAAGACCAGCUACUGA